UGUAAGAAGUGUUAUGUUGUACGGUAGUGAGACAUGGGCAGUGAAGCAGGAAGAUCUUGACCGUUUAGAAAGGAAUGAUAUGAGAAUGGUUAGGUGGAUGUGUAAUGCCAGUCUGAGAGACAGAAAGAGUUCAGAUGAGCUAAGAAGCAGGCUAAGUCUCUGUAGAAUUAAAGAUGUUAUCCAGAUAAGAAGAUUGAAUUGGCUGGGGCACUUGGAAAGAAUGGAGGAGGAUAAUUGGGUAAGAAAGUGUAGAGACUUGAUAGUUCCUGGGGCAAAGCCCAGAGGCAGACCGAGAAAGACUUGGCAGGAGGUUAUAAGGACAGACUUGAUAGAGAGGAAGUUGAGUUUAGAUCUAACACAGUCUAGAUCAGAUUGGAAGAGGUAUAUUAAUGACCCUCUUCCAAUCUGAUCUAAACU